CGAGGGUUGAUAUCCCGGAGCAAUUCCGAUCGAUCACACCCGUCAGGCAGUUGUUUGUACUGUACUCUAAAACCCGGCUGCGCUGAGAACUCCCCGCCUAUCCAGAACCGCUUCAAUGCUGCUCGUACCACUGCUGGCCUGUGUACUGGGGUCCUCGAUCGCCGGACAGGCCUCCGCAAACUCCACCUCCAUCAGCAUCACCCACGACGACGAGAUCCUCCAACACAAUGCCCUCAUCGAAUCCUACCUGACACAGAAGCCCAUCCGCGGAGUCCGGAAAAUGACCUCCGACGAAGGCGAGAAGUUCUUCCUGGAUUACUGGCAAUUCGACGAAGACCACCCCCACACAGUCAGCAGUGGCGGCAACGCCUCAGACAUUCCCGACCGGUCAUCCUCGCAAACACAACCCCCGAGCGUGGAAACCGAAACCAGCGAGAGAGUCGAUUUCCAGCCGCGCUCGUACCCCUUCCAACCGUCGUUCCCGAGCGACGACCUCGAGGUCGAGCGACGCGGGUGGAGCGAGCACUUCUCACCGCUUCUUCGGCGAGAAUUCAAAUGUCCGUCUGGCACGUUCGGGUGCACGUCCAUUGAUCGGCCCGAUAGCUGCUGCAGCACGGGCGACACCUGCGUCCUGGUUACGGACACCGGGUCGGGCGAUGUGGGCUGCUGUCCCAGUGGGGAGACGUGCUCGGGCACCAUCGGGUCGUGUCAGGAUGGAUACACCAGUUGCUCGUCGGCUUUGGGCGGGGGGUGUUGUAUUCCUGGCUAUUCGUGUGUUAGUGGAGGCUGCAUGCGCGUCUUCACCAUCACCGUGACCGUCAGCUCGACCGUCAUGCUGUCGACCUCCACGCACACGAUCGCCAAGACCACGGCGACUUCAACCCAGUCGACGGGCGACUUGGUCCCUCCGGCUCGAGCUACGAGCGUCUCGACCGCGACAACCUCGCAGACCACCAAGACGUCCGACACGGCAUCGGUCUGUCCGACCGGGUUCUACGCCUGCUCGGCUGUCUACCAGGGAGGAUGCUGUCGGACAGGCCGCGACUGCGAUACGACGUCCUGUCCGACGGUGGCGUCGACGACCUUCACCAGCGACGGCGUGACGAUUGUAGAGCCCGUGGGCACGGCAACGACAACGGGGGCAGCGACAGCGACAGCGACAACCAGCAAGACGGAGAAAUGCGCAAGUGGCUGGUUCAGCUGCGCCGCAACCGUUGGAGGAGGCUGCUGUCCGACAGGAUAUAGAUGCGGGGCCAGCUGCACGGCGGUGUCGACGUCGACGGCCACGGAGACGGUGGCCAAGGAGACGGCGACGGGUGGUUGUGGUCGGCCUGCAUGGUCGGGGUGGACCCUCGGACUCACUGUGGGGGUGGCUGUGGCCGGGGCUUUUUGGAUAUGAUGAAUCACGUUGACAUGAUUUGAUUUGACAUGAUUUGAUUUGACAUGAUUUGAUUUGAUAUGAUAUGAAUAUGAUAGACGAUAUAGGAUGAUGUGAAAAUGAGAUGAUGAUGAUGA